AAACAACAAUGACAAAUCCAACUUUCACCCAAUUCUACGAAUCAUGGUACUCACAAUUCAACAACUUAAUCCACCAACUCACAAUUUCAUCAUCUCAAACCGAAAACUCCGAAGAACUUAUCCUAAAAGUUAUGUCUCACUAUGAAGACUAUUACAAUGCUAAAUCAAUGGCUGCUGAGAAAGAUCCAUUACACGUGUUAUCAUCUCCUUGGGCUACUUCACUUGAACGUUCACUUCAUUGGAUUGCUGGUUGGAGACCCACCACAGCUUUUCAUCUUAUAUAUACUGAAUCUUCUCUUCUUUUUGAGUCUCACAUUGUUGAUAUUCUUCGUGGGUUUACCACUGGUGAUCUUGGUGAUCUUUCUCCUAAUCAGUUUCGUCGUGUUAGUGACUUGCAAUGUGAUACUGUGAAAGAAGAGAAUUCUAUAACGGAGGAGCUAUCAGAGUGGCAGGACAAUGCGAGCGAUAUGAUGGGUCCAGAGUCUGAUAUCAACAACAUGAUCGAACGGCUGGUAAGCAUUAUUAAGAAAGCGGAUGAUCUACGAUUGAGAACAUUGCGAAGCGUGGUGGAAUUCUUGUCACCGCAGCAGGCUAUCGAGUUCUUGAUUGCUUCAGCUGAGUUGACAGUUGGGAUACGCGGUUGGGGAUUGAAUCAUGAUCGUUCGCGUCCUAGGAUAUGAUGAAUUUUGUUUUAAGGCAAAAAAAUUAUCUUAAUUGUGGA